GUUAUGACGCAGUUUCCGCUUCGUCAGCGUAGAGAACGUAAGUGCGUCAUAAUUGCGGGCCCCAGAAUCAGAGAAGAGGACAGUAGUGGCCGUGGAACAAGUUGUUCUUUGGCUCUGCCUGCGAGCUAAUUUCUCUAAUUUCCUGCUAAAAACUCUGUAAACGCUCGCUGCGGCGGUUUGGAUGGUUCUAUAAGGUGUUUUCUGUCUCUUGAGGUCCAGCGGUGAAGCCUGUUGCCAUGGCGUCUCCAGGGGGACAAGGAGGAGGGGCUUUGUCCACAAGAGGAGGCGGCGGGGCUCGGAGGAUGAAAUGGGCUCUGGAGCUGAGCGUAGGAAACACACGAAGCCGCAGCGAUCGGCAGGGCGGUCAGGGAGACGUCGUCUACCCCAUCGGUUACUCUGAAAAGCCUGUUCCUGACACCAGCAUCCAGGAGACGGACAAGAACCUGGUGGAGAAGCGCUGCUGGGACGUGGCCCUCGGGCCCCUGAAGCAGAUUCCCAUGAACCUGUUCAUCAUGUACAUGUCGGGCAACACCAUCUCCAUCUUCCCCAUCAUGAUGGUCUGCAUGAUGGCCUGGAGGCCCAUCCAGGCUCUGAUGUCCAUGUCUGCCACCUUCAAGCUGCUGGAGAGCUCCAGCCAGCAGUGGCUACAGGGACUGGUCUACCUGAUCGGGAACCUUCUGGGAGCAGCGUUGGCCAUCUACAAGUGUCAGUCCAUGGGACUGCUCCCCACACACUCGUCUGAUUGGUUAGCGUUCAUCGAGCCGCCUCAGAGGAUGGAGAUCAUGGGCGGAGGGAUGGUGCUGUGACGUAGCCCCGACUCACAGAGGUUACAUACUGUACAAGCCCCGCCUCCAUCACAGCGGAGAGGAAACUAAAGGCUGUUAUUUCAUAACAUCCACGUCUGAUCCACUCAUUAGUUACAUCAGGAGCAGGUUGAAGUUUUAUCCACUAUUAAGGACUUAUUUUGGCCUAUUUUUUGCAUAAAUAUAAUUUUGGCUUGCCUUUGCUGUCAUUAAAAUUACAUUUUAUUGUUCAUUUAGACCCUGUGAGGAUGAGUCAGCAAACCACGAUGUUCAGUUGUUUAUAGCUUUCGGUUCAGAGCCAGACCAGCCUGUAACAUCACUGAUAUAUAUAUCUGUUCAGAAAAUAACUAAAUAUUAAAAUGUUUGAUCAUCCAGCAGAUUUUCUAUGAAGUUUAAAUAAAGUCUGUUGUUUCUCAGUCUGUGGCGUCACCGGGACUUCAGCAUGCUAGCCAGCAACGAUGGUCCAGUUUUAAAUGAGGUCUGGUUAAUUUAUGCUGAUUUGUUGUAUGGAAAUGAUCUAUUAAAUAAAUUCUUAUUGCUUGAA